CAAUAACUCUUCCAUCCUUUACUUCCAGGUCAGCCUCGAUCUUGCCAUCCUGCUGCAAGUGUACAUCUAUCGAAAGAAUCCACCCCGCAGCACCCAUCGCGGCGACUAGCAGUUUGCCCCUCAAAAUAUUCAAAACGGCUCCAAUCGCAACCACACCAGCAGCAACAACAACAACAACACCAACAGCAAUCUUAACAAUCACCACACCGACACCGGCAUUGCGACGACCAACAAGAUCAACACCUACACCCAAACGACGGGUCCAAUGCCCAUCCAGCGUACUGGUUCGAUUUUGGGCAAUGCCAAAAUCAACCGUUCAUCCGGACCAUCAGCCGUAAUGGCCUAUUCGUCUUCCCCGGCGGCCUCGUCCUUCUACAGUUCUAUGAUGCAGACGGAAUGUUCGAUAUCGCUGAAAUCCACCGUGACUCCCCAUCGGCACAAAUCGGGCUCUCGGUUCCAUCACUCCAAGUCCCACUCGAUCUCCGGCUCACGGGAAGCCACUCCGGUGCGGUUGGUGGGCAUUCCCAGCAGGCGAACCAACUCGGAGCGGUACGACCGGCAGAAGACUGCCUCGCUGCCACUGCCCAAGCGGAAACAGCUGAGCUUGAGUGCCAAUUACUCCGGUGAUCCAGGGGGCGCACCGGAUGACGAAGAACGAGAACAUGAGACUGCUGAGAGGCCGGUGGAGCGACGGAGCGUGCGAGGGAAUGUCCUUAGCGAGGACGUGUACAAUAUGAGCAGUCUGGGAGACAACUGUUCGUUCGUAACAAUCACCGGGAACGCUUUUAGCAAUCGUCGAGAUUCCAAUUGUACGUUAAAUAGCAAUAGCUACAAGGAGCAGUACAUUCUAGGUAGUAACUAUAAUAAUAAUAUCAACCGUCACAGCCAAGAGCAUUACGAUUCGAUGCUGCUGUCGUCGACGGCGGUGCGGCUGAAGGACAAGGACGACGGCGGCCAGGAGCCGGGAGCAAUAGUAGUAGAGCACUUGGUUGCCCCCAGGAAGGAGCAGGAGUGUGACUCUAGUUUGGAGCGAAAGCAGCACCACUAUGAGACAAAUGCCAAGUCCCUGGAGGAUAUUUUAUGA